AUGAAGCCUGUGUUCGACGCAGACAACAUUUACCGGUACGUGAUCGGCGUGCAGUUCGAAAUCCUCCAGGACGAAGGGUUGAAGAAGCGUCUGGUGCAGUUGGACAAGCUCCUGCGCCUGCUUCCUAGCCGACUGAACCUCAAGUCCAAGGCUAAGGCUAGAAUGAGGGGGAAGAUGGCUUCCAAAAUGAACGGCGAGGCAAACUCGGCAUUGCAAGACAAGGAGUCUAUUGUCAAAGCUGAAGCUGCUGAGGGCGACGUGACUAUGUCAGGCCCAAGGGCUAUGGUCGAGGAUGAGGUUGACAUGGACUGCGCCCGCAUGAACUUCGACAACACGAUAUUUUCGUUCACGAGAAUCAUGUGGCUCAGUAACCCGACCAAGUACCUGUCUGCCCUCGUGGCCGACUGGCCAUGCCGAGCUGUCCUCUCCGAGUUCGUCAAGACGUGUUCCGUGGUGUACGAGGGUCACUUCGAAUUUUUCGUGCAGUCCGAAGUGCUCCGCAACACGCCUCCUGGGGACAAGGAAAAAGUGUCGAAGGCUAUGCACCGGGUCAUGGACCACAACCAGCUGUUUUAUUGCACCAACAACGAGAUCGUCAUUGGCGACAUGCCCAAGACCAACAUGGACCCGAUCCACGCCGAGAUUGAGUUGAAGGCACAGCAGUCCCUGUACUUCUUGGCACACGACAUGUUUCCUCGCUUCCUGAACUCGAGAUUCGGGCUGUCUCUCAUCAAGCAGCUUCGCGCACGUGAAGUUGCUGGGGAGAAGCCGCCAAUCAACACCGUCGCUCUAGACAAGAACUCGAGUUCUUCGCAGUUCUGGCUGGAAAUGUUCAAGACCAUGUCUGAGACGGUAUCCAUCGGGAUGGUGGUGGCCGAUAUGAACGUCCCUGGAUGUCCCCUCGCUUACGUAAACGAGGGAUUCAAAACUCUCACCGGCUACGGCAAGGAGAACAUUGGACGAAACUGCAAGUUCUUGCAGGGGGAAGAAACCGAGGGGUACAUGGUGGAGGAGAUCAUGCACGCUCUGCAGCAACACGAACCCCUGUGCUGCAAGCUUCACAACCACAAGGCUGACGGCCGAAAGUUCCAAAACCUCCUCUGCCUCCACCCUGUAUUCGGCAAAGAAGGAGAGUACCUGUACCAAGACAUCCAACGCAUAAUCCCGGUGGAUUACACCGGCGACGGAAACUUGCCUCCCCGUGUGUUAGACAUGUCGGCUAUUCCAUCGACCGGGUCUGGAACGGGGGGCGGUAUGGUGGGGGGUAUGAUGGGAAUGCCUGGUAUGGGUAUGCCUCCGUCCGCGGCCGGAGGUGCGGCAAAGGCUGCUGACCAAGAGGUUGGAGAUCAGAUCAAAUCUGAAAUCACCGUGGGUGGCAAGAAGAAUAAGACUCACUAUGGGAAGAAAUUCGGGAAGAAGCACAAGUCUGCCAUGCUCGACUUCACCAAGUCACUGUGGAUGCAGGAUGCUGCUGCAUCUCUCAAAAAUGUUCUUAAGAGCGAGGUGGCGCAGAAACAAAUGCUUGCCUUCUUGGGGACCGAGUACGGCGACGCCCAGCUUGAAUUCUUCCUUGAAGCGCAGAAGAUGGCCGACCUCGAAGGACAGGCACAGCAGGAUGCCGCCCUGAAAGUUUACACUCAGUUCGUUGCAGCCCAGGGGUCAGGCAUAGGGGCCCAAGACCGCACCAAAGGAACCCAAGAGCUUUGGGACAAGUGCAACAAAGAAGCUGGUGAUACGGUAGACGGCCCCACUGCUGUCGCGAUUGUGACCGACGAGGCAGAGAAGACCCUCAAUAUGCUCGCCUUCGACGCUUUCCCCCGGUUCCUGAAGUCCAAAUACUGCCAAGCCGUCAUGGACGACCUCAAGAAGAAAUCCGGCGGGGACGUGAGUAGUGCGUGGAAUAUGUAUCUGUUGGCGUCAUGA